AUGGAGGAGAUAUAUGGAACAGGCUCUGCAGUGAUCUCGGUCACCGCAGACAUCUCGGACAGUGUUUUUGUUGCUUGGAGCACGUGGCAAAUCAACUGUGAUGCCAUAACUCGGUUGCCUCUUGACACUGUAGCAGCAUGCAGCGGCUUUAUGAUCGGAGGGAGAUUCAAGACGGCUCUCGUAGUUGGGGCCCAUGUUCUAUCCAGAUAUGUGGACUGGACAGAUAGGAAGACGUGUAUUUUGUUUGGGGAUGCGACUGGAGUUGUGGUACUCAAACAAAUUUUGGACAAAGUUACCAAGAAAGGUCCUAAGGAGAAAGUGUUGUCAAACCUCGGGUCCUAUGGGAACACCAGUGCUGCAUCCAUUUCUCUUGUGUUGUAUGAGCAAGUUCGAAGUGGUCGAGUCAAGCCAGGGGAUGUUAUAGCUACAGCAGGAUUUGGAACUGGUUUUUGCAAGGGCUGUCGUCCUGAAACUUGA